AUGGAGCACGCGAACGGAGCAGCCGUAUCGCCUGCCAAAAAUGGCACGGACGAGCGCCCGAGUCCAUUCAAGCUCAGAUUCUGCACCGUCUGUGCGAGCAACCAGAAUAGGUCCAUGGAAGCUCAUCUACGGCUUGCUCAAGCAAACUACCCCGUCAUAUCCUUCGGCACAGGAUCGCUUGUGCGGUUGCCUGGACCGACCAUCACGCAGCCAAACGUUUACCAGUUCAACAAGACCUCCUACGAUAGCAUGUACAAGGAACUCGAGACCAAGGAUGCCCGGUUGUACAAGAACAACGGCAUCCUCAACAUGUUGGAUAGGAAUAGGGAAGUGAAAUGGGGCCCGGAAAGGUGGCAGGAUUGGGCCAUCGGUGUCCCCCGCCUGCAGCAUUCCAAGGACCGCGGGUACGAGGGCACUGAAGGAGGCAUCGUUGACGUCGUUUUCACAUGCGAAGAGCGCUGUUGGGAUGCCGUCAUUGAUGACCUUCUUAACCGGGGUUCGCCACUUAAUCGACCCGUUCACGUGAUCAACGUCGAUAUCAAGGAUAACCACGAGGAGGCUCAUGUCGGCGGCCAAGGCAUUCUUGACCUAGCCAACUCGUUGAACGAAGCUGCGGCGGAGGAGCGGGAAUCGGUGGGAGUGGCCGCAUUUGAUAGCGGUGGCGCCGCGAGCCGCGCCAGCUUUGAUGAGAGGGUGCCCGAAAUCCUCGGCGCCUGGCAGGAGCGAUGGCCGAACUUGCCUUCGACAUGGACACUGGCUUGGUUUUGA